CACAUUUUUGACAUGUGUCACUUUUGUGUAUAAUAGAAAUAUUAAAAGAAUAAUGUCUUUAAAAUGCACGGAAUGCAGUCGAGAAUUUUCCGUGAAAAGUAAUUUAACUCGACACCUUCGCAUGGUUCACGCUGUGGAUGUUGAACGAAUAGACAUCCUCCCGGGGGAUUUUGACACCUAUCACUACAAGUGUCUCGAGGGCUGCAACAUCUCAUUUAAGUACAAUCGCGAGUUGCGGAGACACCUCAAUGCCAAACAUGAGAUGAAUAUGGUUGAACUGAAUCUGGAUUUUCCUAAUUCAACAGAGUUUAAGAAGUGGUUGCACAAUGAGGAGACUGAGAAUUACGUACAAUACGUGCAUUUGACGGCCACGAAGCGCAGAAGCACGGGGGCUGAGACCUACUAUUAUGAGUGUAGCAGGACAGGAAAGCGCAGUUAUGUGGACGACACUACAAGGAAGCGCAGAGCGAGAAAAUCUGUGACCAAACUAAACAGAGGCUGUACUAGUCAAAUAAUAGUAAAUAAAUCGCACGACGGUACGUUAUCAGUAAAUUAUUUCAAAAAUCAUUACGGACAUGAAGUAGAUUUAGAGCAUGUGAAACUAUCCAAACAGGAUAGAGGCUCUAUCGCUACCAAAUUAUUGCUCGGAUUGCCGGUUACAUCCGUUUUGCAUUCAGUUAAAAAAGCUAGUGGGAAUUUGAAACGGAUCAAUCUUUUGGGGCGAAAAGACAUAGUGAACAUUCGAAAAUCCUUCAACAUAGAUCUGAAAGACGGCAAAAUUUUAAGUGUCGAUAAAAUAAACGUGAAUCAAUUUUUAACGGAAUGUAACACAUGUGAGUACAAUCCUGUACUCUAUUGCAGUAUCGAGGAGUUCCCUGAAUCAAAUAACCUUAGUUAUAUUCUCAUGACCAAACACCAGUCAGACAUGUUGAAAGAAAUCGGGAAUAAUAUCGUCGUUGUGAAUUCGACAAGUUUAAAUAACUGUGAUUUCGAACUGAUUACUCUUUUUGUAAUCGGGAAGAGUUGGGAGAGUUUCCCGGCUGCAUGUAUGUUCACUAAUAAAGUGCACGACGGGACUUAUAAUUUAUUUUUCAACAAAAUAAAAGAUAGGGUUGGCGUUAUAGCACCGUCGAUUUUAAUAACAAAUUGCGAUGAGAUGUAUUACGAAGCUUGGAAAUGUGUAAUGGGCGAAGUCGCUUGUAAUUAUUACAACCCGAUCCAGGUCGAAGUCGAUUGGAAGCUAAACUUGAAUCGCAUCGUUUGUACUGAAACCGACGUGACUCGAGUGAAGCGAAAAUGGGUCUACGACUCGUUGAAGAUUUUCCAAAAUAUCACUGACGAGACCGAAUUUGUGGAAAAUCUCGACGACACGAUGAAAGUCCUCAGCAGCGAUGACGAUUUUAAAGAUUUUCUAGAGUAUUUUUUGAAAAGUUACAGUGACCCGAAAAAUUGGGCCACUUGUUACAGGAACGGCUCAGAUUUGCCUCUGAAACAACUCGAAGUGAUAAACGACGUUUUGAGGCAGUACCUUAACGAGGAUUUGGAGACGCGAUUUGAUAUCAUUUUUCACUCACUUAUCAGAUUUAUUCGGGAUGAAACGGUCAACUCUAUGUUGAAAACCAAGACGAAUCGUGUGUUUUUCGUGAGUGAAAAUGACACGAGACACGCCUUGUUAAUGGAAAAAAGACUGAGUGGGAAUCAUUUGAGUGACAACGUUUGGAGUGUCACAGAAGAGGAAUCCAGGAUCUCUCAUAUCGUCCAGAAAUAUUUGGAGAAGAAAUGUUGCAAUUUAAUCUGCACGACUUGUCGCAUUUGUCUCCACUGCUUCAGUUGCAGUUGUGUUGAUUUUUUUAUCGGAAAUGCGAUGUGUGUUCACAUACAUUACAUUUGGGUGACUUAUUUCAAAUCGACGGUACAACUUAGUGACGACAUCUCGGUAACUUGUGACGAAGAAAUUAUAAUUGAAGUUGAUCAAGAGUGUGAAGAGAGUGUUGAAGAUAUUGAGGUUUUGCGAAAUGCGAUUGCGGAUAGGACUGCAGUUUUAAAUAAUAAUAUUCCUAAUGUUCAAGAUGUUAAAACGCUUCAAGUGAUUUUGGAGACUGUUAAUCAACUUUGCGAUUUGACGCACAUCGAGGACCAGGAACAAGGUACGGAGCAUCUGAGCGAUCAUUCAUAUUUGUAAAUUUGAUGUUAAAUAAAUAAAUUGUUUUAAAUCUU